CAUCUGGAUCAAAUGGUACGUAGCAUCAUCUGGAUAUGUGUGCAAUGAAAGUUCCACAUUCGCUUUCUGCUACCAUUUCUGUCAAGCCGUCUACACAUACAGUUUGUUGCAUACAUUCGACAAAAUCCAACGUAUGCACCACACAUAACGUUCUGCAACUGCCUCUGCAACGCAAUGCUGUUCGGCAAAUGCAGCGUUCCAUUGGAAAUUAAUAUACUUCUCAUGUACUGUCGGUGUGAUCGAGGCGUAAAUAUUACGUAAAGUUACGUCAACACCGCAGUCUCGCUACAGUAGCACACCCACUGAACGCCCCUGUACCACGACAGAGCUGACAUUGAAACCAAGGUGUGAACACGAUGGCGGCAGCUUUGCCAGCUCUGGACCCAGACCUGCUCCGGGAGGUCCUGGAGUGCCCCAUCUGCCUGGAGACUUACAACCAGGAGCAGCUGCGGCCCAAGCUCUUGCAGUGUGGCCACACUGUGUGCAGACAGUGUCUGGAAAAGCUGCUGGCUAGCACCAUUAACGGCGUGCGAUGCCCCUUCUGCAGCAGGGUCUCCCGCAUGAGCAGCAUCUCCCAGCUGGCCGACAACCUCACUGUGCUCAAGAUCCUGGACUGUGCCAGCUCCUGCACCACUGCCGGCGCCCUCAUGUGCAAGUCCUGCCGCAACCGCCUACCCCGACAGUACUGCCAAGACUGCGGCACGGUGCUCUGCGACCUCUGCAAGGGUGAGGGCCACCAGCAGCAAGGCCACACUGUCCAGCCCAUCCGGGCGGCCGCUGAGCAGCGCCGGAAGGACCUGGGUGGUAAGCUGGCAUCCCUCCGCGAAGCCAUGGACCACAUCCAGAAAAAGAGGGCAGCCAUUGACAGUCUGACAAAGAACAUGCGGGUAAAGUACCGGGCAGUGCAGCAGGAGUACGCCCGGGCUGAGCUGCGUCUGCAGGAGGAGCUGGGGCGCCAGCGGCGGGCCUUCGCUGCCUCCAUGGCCGAGGUGGAGAAGCUUAACAGUCAGAUCCUGGAGGAGCAGACAUACCUGCUGAACCUGGCCGAGGUGCAGGUGGUGUCCCGCUGCGACUACCUGACCAUGCAGGUGAAGCAGAGUGACAUUGCCCUGUUGGAGGACAACGGAGGGGUGAAGGAUGAGGAGGAGAUGGACCUAAGGAGCAGCCUGGACCUGCCUACUCUGAUCAAGCUCCAGGACCCUGAGCUGGUGACUACGGAGCAUCCCGAGGCCCUGGACGUGGCCCAGCUCACCACCAAACCCUGCACCGUCAACACUGAUGAGGAGGAGGGGCUGCUGGAGUUUGGGGUUGGUGCCAUGUGCAGGGCUGCAGGGGCGAUGGGGGACCUGUACAGAGACAUUGAUAUAGUAAUGCCUGUAGAUGAGGCUGUGUGUGCCUCACCGGGCAGCUUUAAAUCCAAGUCCAUGGAUGAAGGGGGGCCCUCCUCUCCCGGUGAUGCCAGGGCUCGCUCGGGGCCACAGCACUGCCAGUUUGUAAAAAAGAUGGGUUGCAAGGGUAACCUGCCGGGGAUGUUCAACCUGCCAGUUAGCAUCUGCGUCACCUCACAGGGUGAGGUCCUGGUGGCUGACCGGGGCAACUACCGCAUCCAGAUCUUUAACCGCAAAGGCUUCCAGAGGGAGAUCCGCCGCAACCCCAGCAGCAUCGACAACUUCGUCCUGAGUUUCCUGGGCGCCGACCUGCCCAACCUCAUCCCGCUGUCCAUCGCUAUCACGCCUCAGGGCCUCAUCGGGGUCACCGACAACUACGACAACUCGGUCAAGGUAUACACCACCGACGGCCACUGCGUGGCCUGCCACAAGAAUCAGCUGAUCAAGCCCUGGGGCAUCGCCGCCAUGCCCUCGGGUCAAUUUGUGGUGACUGACGUGGAGGGCGGCAAGCUCUGGUGCCUGGCGGUGGAUCGCAACGUGGGUGUGGUCAACUACAACCGCCUAUGCUCGGCCGUGCGGCCCAAGUUCGUGACAUGCGACGCAGCAGGCACUGUCUACUUCACCCAGGGGUUGGGCCUGAACAUUGAGAACCGCCACAACGAGCACCACCUAGAGGGGGGUUUCUCCAUCGGCUCGGUGGGCACGGAUGGCCAGCUGGGCAAACAGCUCAGCCACUUCUUCUCUGAGACUGAGGACUUCCGUUGCAUCACGGGCAUGUGCGUGGACGCAAACGGGGACCUUUUGGUGACAGACAGCGGCAGGAAGGAGAUCCUGCAGUUCCCCAAAGAGGGCGGCUUCAACGUGCUCAUCCAGGAGGGACUGACGUGCCCUGUGGGCGUGGCCGUCACACAGAAAGGACAGCUGAUGGUGCUGGACUGCUGGGACCACUGUGUAAAAGUCUACACGUACCUACAGAGGAGACGCUCCUCCACCUGCUAGGGGCUAAGAAACUACAAAUCUAGUGUGUGUGUAUGGGGGUGUGUGUACAGACGGUGGUGAACUGUUGAUCUGUCACUUUAAAAUAAAUGGCUUCAUUCCAAACAACUCAUGCUCCUCCAUGAUCUGAUCUCUGGUCAGUGCUUAGCAGGUCAUAUAAUGAGCCCAUAUUCUAAUCACUGAUCCGUGGUCAGUCAGUGGGACUGGCUAGGAGCAGACUGGAACCAAGCCUGUGUCUAUCUAACAUUUGAGCUGCAUUGGUUGAUUUUUAUGAAUCACAGCACUAAAGACAGCAAUAAUGCAUCAGUGUUGUCACUUUGGGGGUGGGGGAAACUGGUAUGUCAAUCAAUGUGUGAAAUUGUUAUAUUUUAAUUGAUGUACUAUACAAAAGAGGAGAUCUGAUCAUUUCUAAGCCUAAUGACGUGGCAAGAAAAUAAAUUGCUAAAAAUGAAUUGCGCUUACAGGCCUUAUCGGUUUAGAAGGAAUGUCUAAUCGAAAACUUCUCAAACCUAAAUGUAAAGGAUGGGAUCAUGGACAUGAUCACUAUAACCCAGCCAUCAAUAAAACGUAUAUCAUGUAGUUCAAGUUCCUGACUGGAGUGUUGGACUUCCAGGGGGUUCCAUCUUCAACCUACAAAUGAGUGAAGUUACAUGUAGACACAGAUCUAGGAUCAGCUUACCCGCCCUUAACUUGAACCAUUGGUGGGGGGGGGGGGACUUCUUCCUAUUCUGUAACUUCCAAUCACAUAUCCAGGGAUUACAUUGUGCUAUAAUAAUGGACAUCCUUUAUUAAUCUGAGGCAAAGAAAAAAUACACUUUCAAUGUGAUGAACAGCAAAACUGUUGCUCUCUGUCUAAAUGUGAUUUCAUUCACUGGACUUAACUGGAGAGAGAUUCCUUUACAUGUAAUUUCCUAUUUCCUCUGAGUUCAUUUAAAAAAAAAUAUAUAUAUAUAUAUAUAUAUAUAUACACACACUACUAGGUCUUCUGGAUGUUAUGUUUCUGUGCAUUAUGUGUGUUGAAUCAACCUAUGUGUCUUUCAGAAGUUUGGCCUUCGGUGGAGGCAGUGACUUUACAGUAUGUCUUACUAACGCAUUAGAUGAGUUUCUGUGUAACUUGUCUCAAUUUCAUGUUUGUAAUGUUGAUUAUCUAUUGAGUGCAAUAAACCCAACAUUGAUGAAGA